CCUUUUGAUGAUGAUAAUGAGCUUUUGUCUUAUUUGGAUCAUCGAGAAAAUAGCAAUAAAAUCAACCGACCUAAAUAUAGAAAUACAAAGAUUAUAUUAGGCUUGCUAAUGAAGAUAAAUGGCAAUUAUUAG